AUGUUGAUUCGAAUUAUGAACAGAACUCAAUAAUGUCAGAAUAAAUUUUUAUGGAUCAAAAUGUAAAAUAAGAAGGAAACCUUUGGUGAAAUAGCUCUCUCCUUAAAUAAACCUUGAUUUGCUACAAUUCAAGCUAAUCUUCUUAAGUUAUUCUUUGUAGUCCCAGGACAAUUAUGCAAAAACGACGAAUUUAAUAGAUUGAUCAUAGCUUACUUGAUGUAAAAAGAAUUAAAUUUGAAGACAAAUGCUUUAGCUACUAUAUUUCCAAAAUUAUCUUAAAAUCUUUAAUCCGUUUAGCUUAUCUGUUUUAAAUUUAAUCUUUCCAAAAAAUCAUUGCCUUUAUAAAUAAGGAGAAUUUCUAGUGAGUUUUAUAUUCUUUCAGAUGGUGAAGUUAUACUUGAGUAGAUAUGCAAAAAUUCGACUUAAAUUUUUGGGCCAAUCCUCAUUUUAACUCCUGUAGUCUUUUAUGGAGUAUAAAAUUUAUUAAAAAAUUAACCUUAUGAUAAUUCAGCUAUUUGUAUAACUUAAAAGGUCACAUUUUAUAAAUUUACUUAUUAAUCUUUUUUAUAACUUGGAGAUCAUUAUAGUAAAUAAGCUUUAUUUUCAGCUGAAAGAACUUGUAGAAGAGCACCUAAAAUUCAAACUCUAUAAUUAAUUUACAAGUAAGCAAUUCUAUUUCUGAUGUAUUGAGAUUAGCACAAUGGAACAAGAUGAAUAGAACAAAUAAAAUCCUUAAAAAUAAAGAACAAUUAAAUCGAGUGGAAAACAUUAAGGGAAAUUUCGAAAACCUAUAACUCAUAUUAUUUAAAAUUAAAUAACUUUUAGCAAUCCAGUUUUUUCUGAUUUAGAUGCUGAAAAGUUUAAAUAGAUAAAAAGAUUUAAAUUUAGCAUAUCAAAUAAGCUGAUCUUAAAAAGUAAUAUAUUACAUAUAAUUUUUAGGUAGAAUCUGUAAUUUGCAAUUAAGAACUACUUUAAACAUAAUUUGCAAUUAAGAACUACUUUAAACAUUGAAAUCCCUUCUAUGUUAGACUCAAUAAAAAAAGGAAAAUGCAAAAUGCUUAAGUUUUUGCAUCAGUAAAAGAAAACAUAGCAAAUUAAAAAUCCAUGUAUUCCUAUCCAGCAGCUACACAAAUCACAUUUAAAGAAAAGUAGAUUUUGA